ACGUCCUGUCCACAGAUACUGUCAUGGCGGUUUUACGUAUUGCAUAGAAAAAUAAGAUCAUUUCAUAUCAGAUAUCAAAUAGCGGAUAACUUAGUAAUCUGUGCCUUUAUUUAAACCCUAAAAUAAAAAUGUUCUAUUGCUCAUUUGUUAGUAUACAUUAUAUUAUCUGUGAAUGUGGAGAUACUUUUCCAACUGAAGACGCGUUAAAAGAGCAUUUAGAAAAGGAGCAUAAUCAGAAAUUAGAGGUCGAGAAACUUGAAGAAUUCUCCUGCGCAACAUGCGAAAAGGUGUUCCCCACAGAGAAAGCUUGUAUCAUCCACCAACGUAUCCAUACCCUGCCCAACAUAGAAGAAAGGGAAGAAAGUGACAUUGAUGAAGUUAAUUGGAAGGAACAAGUGAAACAAGAGAGAGAUGUAGUUAGAAGAGAGAGAGAACAAGUGAAGAGAGAACGAGAAGUGAGACGAGAGAGAGAGAAGCGCCAGAAGAAACAAGCUGUUAAGGACUACUUCAACUCGAAGAAUGUUGUUUGUGAAGUUUGUGGCAAGAGAUAUGCGUCUAACGCAGCCCUACGUUAUCAUCAGAGAGUCCACACUGGAGAGAGACCAUACCACUGCACGGAGUGUCCCAAAACAUUCACCAUGCCACUCUUCUUACAGAUCCAUCUGCGAACACAUACAGGAGAGAGGCCGUACAAAUGCACCAGUUGUCCCAAAGCAUUCAGUAACAAGGCUGCAUUACUCAGACAUGAUCGGGUACACACCGGUAUAAAACCUUACAUGUGUCCGCAUUGUAAGAAAACAUUUACACAAUCAAACUCUAUGAAGUUACACGUGAAGACUGUACAUCUGAAGAUGCCAGCUCCGUACAAGAGCAAGAAUAGAAGGAAUAAGACUAGAGAAAUGAAGAUAAUGCAAGCUCAAGAUCUAGACAUGUACCAACAGGAGAUAAAAAUUGAACUGCAGCCUGAAAUUAAAGCUGAAAUUAUUGAAUAUCAAGAGGGUGAUGUUCUCGUUGAAGGUAAUCAAGAACAGAUGGCACAUUUCUAUUUUCAAGACGGUGAAGUUUUACACGAGGUGUUUCAAGAUAAUUUGUACCACGAGGAAAUUGUUGAUAAUCCCGAAGCUAAUUUGUACAAAUUGGAGAAACCUGAAGAGUUGUAUGAAGAGGUUUAUGAAGUGGAAUUGUGAUUUUUUUUUUAUUUAUGGGCUAUGAAAAAAAAAACAUUGUGUUAUAUAUUUGGAAGUCGGUUAAAAAUGUGGUUUCUAAAAAGUUUAGAAGCGAAGUUAUGUU